AUGUUCUCACGACAACAACCCUUUGUUUCCCAACUUCAGGUUCUUAACACCUGGCUUUUAAUCCGUCUUCUAGGUUUCACUAGUGCUAGGGAAACUGAGGUAUUAACGGCAAAUGCUAUCCAUGACUGGAUUGUUAUCUUCAAAGAGUUGGGCUUCCGUAUCCCCGAUGUUAUGGAUCAAUUAUACGAAGACAAGUUGAAGAAGAACACAAAUUUCAAGAAACUGAAUCAUAUUCGAAUUGCCGGCCCUGAAGUAUCUAUUCAGUCAUUAGCUAAAGAUCUUCGUGGUGUUGAUUACCCAGCCGCUUGGAAAGCAUAUACGGCUGCAACUAUUGAAGGUAUUCUGGACUUUAACUUUGACAAAAAGAGUGUAUUUCCAUUCCCUAAAUCAGAGGAUCUGUUCGAAACUGAAAAGAAUAAGUCAACUACCAAAAAAGGGGGAAAGACUGAGGGUGCAGGAAAAUCCGGUGGUAAAGAACUUUGCAAUGUGUGUGGUAGACGCAAUCACAAAUCUGCAAACUGCACCAUUAAAGCAAAACUUGUUAAAGAGAGUAAACUUAAGUUUGUUAACGGAAUGUAUAUUGGAACAGAUAAUAAACCAUACCCAAAUAAAAAGACUACACAAGGGGAUUCAAAACAUAAUGACAGCGACAGUGAGAACGACCUAGUCAUAUAUAAAUUAGAUCUUGCCACCAUCGGCAAUUUCAAUGAGAUGCGAUAUUUUCUUGCUGUAGAACUUCAAAGAAUUAUUUGUUCUGUUCAUUACUCGUUGCACUUUUUAAUAGCAGCCACGUCGAAUAUCAAGUUGAGAUCCCUUAAAAGUAACGACCACAAUACGACACAAUUAUUAUCUGCCAAUCUGGCUCACCAGUCGAAAUCUAUCAAUUUUGGCCUGGGAAGAUAUCAACUAUACGUUAGAUGA